AUGAGUUCUUAUAGAGGUGGUGGUAGAGGUGGUGGCAACAACUAUAUGAGCAACCUGCCUUUCGGGUUAGGUUAUGGAGACGUGGGCAAGAACCAUAUUACUGAAUUUCCAUCCAUUCCAUUACCCAUCAAUGGCCCUAUAACAAAUAAGGAAAGAUCAUUAGCGGUAAAGUUCAUCAAUUUUGCAAAAACUGUUAAAGAUGGUCCAUUUUAUACCGGAUCGAUGAACUUGAUAAUAGACCAACAGGAGAAUAACAAGAGCGGUAAACGCAAAUCCAACAUAAUCCUAGAUGAAGACAAUACCAAUGACGGUAUUGAAAGAUACUCCGACAAAUAUUUAAAAAAAAGGAAAAUAGGUAUCUCCAUUGAUGACCAUCCUUAUAAUUUGAACCUCUUCCCUAAUGAAUUGUACAAUGUAAUGGGGAUUAACAAGAGAAAACUAUUGGCAAUUUCUAAGUUUAAUAAUGCCGAUGAUGUUUUUACUGGUACAGGUUUACAAGAUGAAAACAUUGGGCUUUCCAUGUUGGCAAAAUUAAAGGAAUUAGCGGAAGAUGUGGAUGAUGCAUCGGCGGGUGAUGGGACAACAAAAGGAACUAAGACGGGCGAAGGUGACGAUGACGAUUUAGCCGACGACGAUUUUGAAGAAGAUGAAGACGAAGAAGAUGAUGAUGACUAUAAUGCCGAAAAGUAUUUCAAUAAUGGUGAUGAUGACGAUUACGGUGAUGAAGAAGAUCCAAAUGAAGAGGCCGCCUUUUAG